ACAGUCUUGCAAAAAUCAUGCGUUUUGUGACUCUUGCAAUCGUCAUUUUUGUGGCAGUGGCCGCCACCGAAGCCUCCCCCAGACCGGCCGGUCUUGCAGGAUAUAACCGGCGGGGGUGGAGUCGCUUAUUUGGGCGGAGCGUCGACCCGAUCGACGGCGAUCUGAUUGGCCGUAGCGUGGAUCCAAUCGAUGGCGAUUUGAUCGGGCGGAGCGUCGAUCCCAUCGACGGCGGUCUGAUUGGUCGCAGUCUCGACCGAAUCGGCGGAGGGAACCUCGUAGGGCGGAGCGUCGAUCCCAUCGACGGAGAUUUGAUUGGUCGCAGUCUCGACGGGAUCGGCGGAGGGAACCUGGUUGGGCGGAGCGUCGAUCCCAUCGACGGCGAUCUGAUUGGCCGAUCGAUUGAUAUUAAACGCCUACUUGACGGAUACAGACGAAAUGCUUACGAGGAGGUGAUUGGGGAAAAAAGAGUUCGAAAUUUCGGAGUUUUGCAACUGGGAGGUGGCUAUGGAGUGGCAAAACGAGUCGUACAACCGGGUAAAUAUGAGACUAAGACAGAGAAACAUCGAAGGGGGCCACUCAAUGGCUUGAUUCCGGGCGGGGCUUUCGGUCGAGCAGCCCGGAGUUGUCUCAAGUCCAACUGUUUGAGACUCCUCAAAGGCCGAAUAGAGGAGAAAAUUCAGCCAUAUUUUUCUUUUGACAGCGACAGACAAGCAACGAAGCCUGGCGUUUACAAGACCUACCAAUUACUGGAAAUGGAGUAAUUUGGAAUUUUUGUUGGACUUGUGUAGCUAGAUGUGUUGUUAAAUAAAACACUAAUUAAUUAAAAUGGGCAUAAUUGUAAACAUUUUUCUUCUUCUUCAUUGCAUCGACCACUCGCAAUUUGUGUUUUAAUCGGACUUGAAGCUCGUUUACUAUCUGUGUUAGACUCACCACACUGCACCAUGUGUACAAAUA